UCCUUUUAGACUCGGGGCGUCCGGGAGCGCGGGGCAGCAGCGGCGCUGCGGGCCGGGGGCCCUCAGGCGGGCAGGUGAGCACGGCAGUACCUGGCGGGGAGAUGGGGGCCUAGCCGACGCCCACCUCCCGCCGGCCGCGGCCUGCCCCGGCGGUGACACGGGCAGCCGGGGGCGGAAGCGGGGGGGCAGGGCAAACGCGGGAGGAGCCGCUCCGCCGAGGACGACCACGUCGUUUCAAUUUAAUCUCAUUUAAAAAGACAUAACUAAUAAAUUUGUAUGGACGGGGCUGCCGGAGACGUAAAGCAGAGUCGAUAGUGGUUCAAUCCCAUUGAACCCUAUUGAAAACCAUGACAACAAGGAACAAGCUCCGAUUUAUCCCGGAGAGUUAAAGCACAUUGUGGGAAGGCGUCAAUCACCUAUUAUUCCAGAUCUGAACAAAUGCAAAAUCUUGACUGGAACAAAUGCUUCCAACAGGUCCGGGACAUAGGGCUACAUUUCCCUUUUGUUCACGGCCUAGCAGUUGGCAUGUAUUUGUGCUCCCCUCGCUCCGACCACCCAGGACGGCUGGGAGGCUGUGCUUGGAGCGGGGAAGAUAACUACUGUCACCAGGCGCGCUUGAUAGGUGGCUGCAGUAAUCUCGGCCUGGGAAUCGUUUAUAUGGAGCCUAUCCAGUCCUGAAGAAAUAUGCGAGAAGUUGGCCAAAUGGAGCCCUGUGCCUCCUUCAAUUCGCCCACAAACCUCGCCGAUAUAGAUUUCGUCUCUCCCUCGUCAUUAUUGCUCUAUUGACUUUUUCCCUGUGAAGUGUAACUGCUUCCACAAGCGACACACAGAGCAGGGCGGGGAGUGGCGGCGGCGGCCGAGGCAGACGGGGAUCGGGGCUGGGGAGCAAGAGUAGGGAUUGAUAAAUAUAAUCUAUACACAAUAUCUUAUAGAUAUCUCUUUGGACAAGGAAAUUCGAAGCAACAAAACGGCCGGCUACAAGCGUAAUGUGUGUCCGAGCUUCUAUUUCUAGGCCCGCAGUGCACCAUCAAGGUGUUUCAAGCAGUUUGCCCGGCGGGGCUGUGCUGUGAGCGCUUUGGCCGGCAUUCAGGGGAAAGAGGAUCUGCUCGGGGAGCCUUCCCUCCAGGCCUUUCCGACAUCCAGCCGGACGCGUCUCCCACUAGUUUUCCAGACGGUGCCGCGUCUCUCCCGCGAAACCAGCGGGAAGCAGAGGGGAGGGGCGCUGCCGGCCGCGGGUGGGAAGCAUGUCCCGCCUCCGCCCUCCCUGAGACCCCACGGCUCGACCCACGCUGCGCGACCCUCGUGAAACAGGCCAAUCGCGCCCGUCGGUCGCUUUCACCCCUGUUCUGCGGCUAAGGACCGAGCCAGGCCACUGCGGUUUUGCAUGUGAACGGCUCAUCAGGCUUAUUGUUUCUAUGUCAUAUUUUUUUAUAAGUCCUCGGCGGACAUCGAGGCUGGGCAAAGCCCGAUCGCAGCUUCUGGCGGGGAUGGGGCUGCCCGGUGAAAGGCUGCGAGAAGGCUGUUGCCCGGCGGAGGGGAGAGCGGAGCUGCCGCCGGGCCUUCCCGGGCCGUGCCCAGCCGAUGCUUGUACCCUCUUCCCAGGGGGAUGCCGAGGUUCCGGGUUUGUUCCCUGAUGCUUUCUGUGGACGAAGUGGCGCUCGGCGGGGACGGGAGACAUGCGGAUAAAUAAAUGCAACAUGAUCUUUUCUCUCUCCCAGCUGGUAUCGUUUCAGUCACUCACACACAUAGCUCGAGGGGAUAUUCCUUAGGUUAGUACAACGCAAAAUGGUGCUAAAAAACCUCUCCUCUUCCCCUCCUCCCUACUCUUGUUUAUGGAAGGAGUGUACCGGGCUCCCCUCGUCUCCCCGUCAAGCCCAUGCCAUCGCCAUUCUCGAGGAAAAGGUGCGCUUUCUCUCCACCCAGCCCAGGAGAUGCAAAAAAAAACAAAAAACAAAACAAAAAACAAAACAAAACAAAACAAAAGCGGAGAGCCCAUCCCCUCAUCGCAUACACCCGUCAGCCUUCCCCGCCGAGAGCAUAGCCGAGGUGUGAAAAAUUCCCCGUUGAGCGUAGGAAACCUGCCAAUGACAGGAGGUAGAAUUGGAGGUAGCAUCGCAAACAGCCAAGGGAAAUAAAAGAAAUAACGACUAAAAUUCCUUCCAGGUUUAAAGAGAGAGUUGGGGGGGGGGGUGGAAAUAAAGAGGGAGAAGCGGGGAGGGGGCUCUCGGCAGGCUAUGCGGAUGUCCUGGGAGGAUUCACUUUGUCUGCGGAUAGAAGGGACGCUGGUGGCUUUGGUGGCGGAUGGAGGGGGGUGGUUGUUGGUCAUCCACAUGCCACCCAAGAUGUUAUUCACUGCUAACAAUUACCAUUAUCUGUCCCCACUUUUGGCUAAUCAGACAGAAUAUGUAAUGAUGAAGCCUGUUUCCUGCUGUCUUUGGGAGGUAACGGGUUAUUCUCUCAUGGGGGUAGCGGGAGGGGGGGUUACACCUACUCCCAUUAGGGCUUUAGCACUUGACUAAUUCAGGUACUUAGCAUCCUAUAGACAGGGACGGUUUGAAAGCAGGCAGUGCUUGCAGUGGGGAGGACUGUUUAUAUAAACAGGACACCUCUGUAAACGACACUAAUAUUUGGGGUUAGGUGGCGAUGGAAGGGAAGGUUCUCUUCAGCCAGGAGAUUCCCCAAUAACUGGGCGCAGUCCUCUCCUCGCAGCUUUCAAGGGAGGGGGUUCGGGGCUUUGGGGCGAUUUUUGGGGGUGUGUGCACAACCUACAAUGGCCACAUCUGGCAGGAUGAGUUUUACAGUGAGAAGCAUUUUGGAUUUACCAGAACAGGAUGCUAAUAAUAUAAAGCAAGCCUCUGAUCAUCACCUCUCAGCGAAGAAUUACAGCGGCUCGUCGUACCGACGGUGGAUAGAAACAGACAGAAAUCACUAUCCCUCUUCCGACGAGAGCGGCCCGGAGCUGAGCGUGCCCGACUCCACCCAAAGGUCGCUCCCGACCCACGGCUCGGAGGCCGAGAAGAAGAAGAAGCGGCGGGUGCUCUUCUCCAAGGCGCAGACUCUGGAGCUGGAGCGGCGGUUCCGGCAGCAGCGGUACCUCUCGGCGCCAGAACGGGAGCAGUUGGCCCGGCUGCUAAGCCUCACUCCCACCCAGGUGAAGAUCUGGUUCCAAAACCACCGCUACAAGAUGAAGCGGGCGCGGAGCGAGGGCCCCGCCAGCCCCCCGUCGCGCCCGCCCGCCCUGUUGCGCCGGGUGGUGGUGCCGGUGCUGGUGCGGGACGGGGAGCCCUGCCGCGGCUGCCCCGCCAGCCCUCCGACACCUGCCGCCCGCCCCAAACUGGGCUGCUCCAUGGCGGGCUGCAGCGCCCAGGCCACCCUCACCCUGCAGGGCUAUCGAGCCUGCCCGCCCGCCUCCGCCCUCGGCGUCUUCCCCUCUUACCAGCACUUACCGCACCCCGCCGUCGUCUCCUGGGGAUGGUGACAACGGCGCUUCGCCCUCCGGGGCCGGACUGAUCCCACGAACGGGGGUGGCCCGCCCGAGCCCCGGACUCCUGGCGCGGGGAAAGCGCUGGGGCGCGCCGGGGUACCGCGGCUGCAGGGUUCGGGCGGGCCGCGCGGCGGAGCGCGGCUCCGGGGCGGCGGCGGACAAGCGGGCAGAAAGGCCGGCUCGGAGAAAGAUCGCCCGGGCCGCCCUUCUCUCCGCUGAGCUCAACCGAGGUGGCGGUUACCGAGUGCGCCUCAAUUUUUGUAAAAUCUCCUCUCCUCCCGCUCCUUUUCGAGAGGUUUCUUGUUAAAAAAGAACAAUAAUCCUAGCGACUUAGUUUAUUUUAAAAUAGCUGAUCCUCCCAGCGACUAAUAAAAUGAUUUUUGACAAAUACGUUUUUUCCUGGCAGAGAAAUGUAUUUUUUACGAUUGGGGCUUUUUCUUAGGAUUACCUCCCAUGCAAUAUAAGCUUAAACACUUCUCUUGGUAGCGCCAGAGGAAUAUCACUUUCAAGUUCGU